AUGCAUUUUCCUCUUCUCCUCCUCGGGAUUACUGUAGUCUCUGGUAUUAUUAUAAAUGAUAAUGGUGGUGGGGGGCGGAGUUAUGGCAACGGGUUCUCCUCUUCUUCUUCUGAGGAACAUGGCAAUAGGCCACGCCCACACAGGCCACGCCCAUCACGCCCAAACCCGCCUCGAGGUCCCAGAUGCCCCAAUGACUGGAUGACAUUCAAUAGAUCACAAGGACCGUGGUGUGUGAAGGUGUUCUCUGGAACUGGAACUGCAUUCUACGCCCAGGAACAGUGUAAAACACAUGGAGCCACACUGACAGGAGUACAAGAUGGGAAUGAGAGGAGUCAGAUAGCUAACGCCGCCCGUAUUGUGAACAACGCUAACGGAGGUGGAAGUGAUGUAUGGAUAGACGGAAAACGUCGUGCCGAGUGUCCAUGGAAAGCGGCUUGUGCUCCGAAUGACACUUUCGAAUGGACUGAUGGGCACACCACUGGAACCGCCGGAUUCUGGUGGCCAGGUAUCGAGCCGAGCGGCUCUUGGAAUGAUCAAUGGAGAUUCCAAUCAUGUCUUGUUAUCCACGUGUCAGUUGCUGAUGGACAAAUGGGAAAUUGGGGGUACCCGCAUGGGUCGAUGGAUGAUGAGCAUUGUCAGCAGACAUGGAGAAUGUAUGCGUGUGGAAAGAGACCGAGUUAA